AUGCCUCGCCUCUCCUUCAUCUCUGGCAGGAAAAAGACCAAACAAGUUUUGCGCACAGGGACCCUUCGGAAGCCUCGCCAGCUUCUGAGUCAGGACUACCAGACCAUAUUGGAGAAGUGUCUAAGGAAUAAGCAGCUGUUUGUCGAUGACGCCUUCCCCGCGGAACUGAGCUCCAUCGGCAGCGGAGACCUCUUACGAAAAGUACCCCCGUGUGUAGAGUGGAAAAGACCCCAGGAGCUGGUGAAGAAUCCAAAUUUCUCUGUUGACGACGCCAGCAGGUUCGAUCUUCAUCAAGGACUUACAGAAAACUGCUGGUUCCUGGCUGCUCUGGCAUCGGUCACCUUCCACAAGGAUAUCCUCAUUAACGUGGUCCCUCGGAACCAGAGCUUUGACAAGAACUAUGCAGGAAUCUUCCAUUUCCGGUUCUGGCGCUUUGGCGAGUGGAUCGAUGUCGUGGUCGACGACCGUCUACCUGUCAAUAAGGAUGGCAAGCUCUUGUUUGUGUCCUCUUCAAGGAAGAACCUGUUCUGGGGUCCUCUGCUGGAGAAAGCCUAUGCCAAGCUGUGCGGCUCCUAUGAAGAUCUAGAGAUUGGUCAGGUAUCUGAGGCUCUGGUGGAUUUCACCGGCGGGGUCAACAUGACCGUCAAGCUGGAGAAAGCGCCCGCAGACCUGUGGCAGAUCAUGGUACGGGCAGCGUACAGCGGGUCCUUGAUGGGCUGUCAGACUCGGGCAGGGCCUGAAAGGGUUCUGGAGAACGGCUUAGUGGCUGGACACGCGUACACGGUGACGGGAAUCAGGAAGGUGACCUGCAAAUCUGGAACAGAAAAUUUAGUCAGGCUGAGGAACCCAUGGGGGAAGAUUGAAUGGAAAGGAAAUUGGAGUGACAACUCCUCCAAAUGGGACCAGCUCAGCCUGAAGGAGAGACUGUUGCUGCGAAAGACGCGGGAAAACGGAGAGUUUUGGAUGUCCAUUGAAGACUUCGAAGCCCAGUUUGUGGAGCUGGUUAUCUGCAAGCUGACCCCUGACCUCAUGAGCCACGAGAAUGGGAAGGAGUGGACGUUAUCCAUGCAGACUGGGAAGUGGCUGGGUGGAAGCACAGCGGGAGGGAGAAUGACAUAUACAGACUCGUACUGGAAGAACCCCCAGUACAGGCUGAAGAUACUAAAGGGAGACAACAUGGAGAAAUACACAAACUCGUGCAGCGUCCUGGUGUCCCUCCUCCAAAAACAGAACCACAAGCACCGGAACCAGUUCCCGCCGCUGUUUAUUGGCCUCUCCGUGUUUAUGGUGCCACUUGAGUACCAAGGUAUAAGAAGGCGUCUACCCCAAGAGUUCUUCCUGAACAACCGCCCCGUGAACAACAAGUGCGUCUUCAUCAACGAGAGGGAAGUGACCCAGGACUUCCACCUACUCCCAGGAUCCUACAUCAUCGUCCCCUCUACGGCAGAGCCGGACCAGCCGUGUGAAUUCAUCCUGAGGGUCUUCUCUAGGAAACACAUUCUAGAGGAACAAGGAGAGAACCCCAGCCCCGUCCUGUGCUGCAAGAAAAUUGCUGAGAAACAGGAUGAGCUGGAAACUGUCAUCGUCAGGUAUUUUGAAAAGCACCCAGAAAUCAACGUCUCCCAACUGCAGAUGCUGCUGAACAAAGGAAGCUGGGCAAGUGCAAAGCAAGCUCCGGUGAAGUUCAGCUCAGACGCCUGCAAAGUCAUCAUGGCUCAGUUGGACGUCAGCGCAUCUGGGACCCUGAACAUGAUAGAAUUUUACAACCUCUGGAAGCGUUUGCUGUCUUAUCAGGAGAUUUUCCAAAAGAGAGACAUUGACAGAUCGGGAUUUCUGAAACUCAGUGACCUCCAAGCUGCUGUACAAGAGAAAGGAAUAACAUUAAGCCAUCCAUUCUACAACCUAAUAGCGCUGCGAUACGGCAACUCCUCUCUGAAAAUCAAUUUCGAGAAUUUUGUCUGCCUCAUGCUGAAGAUGGAGAUCAAUGGAGAGAUGUUUAAAAACUUAAGUCAAGACGGUAAAGGGAUCUAUCUCCAGGAGGCUGAGUGGAUGAUGUUGACGCUGUACGCCUGAGGAUAACAAUAGGACAUUGCUCUGAUCCUGAACCAGCAAUAUGAAAACUUUUGCAAUCA